AGCUCCCGGAAACUAGACUUAAGCGCUUGUAGCGGUAGACAUUACAAUUCUUCGGUCACCUAAGGAAGCGCCAUUUUAUCUACUCUUGCUUCAUGGUUCAACAUGAGUGAUUAUUCAGCGGUUGCUCCGCCUACGAAUUUCAGUCAAAGUUCAGCUUUUGCAGCUGCCCUUCAGCGUGCUAGACAGAUUGCUGCUAAAAUCAACCCUACUGGUACAAGUGAGAGUGCAGGUCAGAAACGCCCAUUGGAAGACGGGUCAGGUAUGGACUGGACAGAACCAGAACCAAAAAAGGUGGCUGCAGUGAAUGACCCAGCAGGAGUUCAGCUGGCAGCGUUGCGAGCGCAACAGGCAACAUCUCCGCCUGGAACAAACAGUGCAGCGGCAGCAGCAGCAGCCGUUCAGGCAGCGGCGGUGGCGGCCAGAGUGGCGGCCGCAGCAGCAGCGGGCCUGCAGGGCCUGGGCGUCGGUGUAGGCGUCCCUGGUCUCGGGGCAGUUCAAAAUGAAGAUAUUCGUGUCCCUGAUAAGAUGGUUGGGUUAAUUAUUGGUCGAGGUGGUGAACAGAUUAGCCGGCUUCAGAACGAGUCUGGAUGCAAGAUCCAGAUGGCACCAGAUAGUGCUGGGUUGCCAGACAGGAGUUGUACACUUACUGGGUCACGGGAAGCAAUCAAUCGAGCAAAAGAGCUGAUCAUGAACAUUGUGCAGCAGCGCAGUCGGACUGAAGGCACUGGAUCUAGCAUGGGUGAUAUGAAUAUGGGAGGUGGUCCAGUUAACCAUGCUCAUGUUGAGAUCAUGGUACCUGGACCAAAGGUUGGUCUGAUUAUUGGGAAAGGUGGUGAGACAAUAAAGCAGCUGCAGGAGAAGUCUGGAGCCAAGAUGGUUGUAAUUCAAGAUGGUCCAACACAAGAACAAGAGAAGCCUCUUCGGAUCAGUGGAGAGCCACAGAAAGUGGAGUAUGCAAAACAGUUGGUUUAUGACUUGAUUGCUGAGAAGGAAAUGCAGGCGUACAAUCGAGGGGGUGGUGGCCAGCGAGGUGGUGGUGGCGGCGGUGGUGGCGGUGGGAACCACAACUAUGAUGAGUAUGGUGGCUCUGGAGGUGUUACAUGAUUUGAAUUUUCUAUUAAGGUGGCUGUUCCAAGAGCUGCUGUUGGUGUUGUUAUUGGCAAAGGUGGUGAUAUGAUAAAGAAGAUACAGAAUGAGACUGGUGCUCGUGUCCAGUUUCAACAAGGACGUGAUGAUGGUCCUGGCGAGAGAAGAUGUCUGCUCACCGGGAAGCCCAGUCAAGUUGAUCAAGCAAGGCGAAGGAUAGAAGAGCUUAUCGAUAGUGUACUUCGACGUGAUAGUGAGAUUGGACGUGGUAGAGGGCGAGGAGGGCCAGGUGGACCCCCAUAUGACCGUAUGGGUAACAGAGGUGGUGGUGGUGGUGCUGAGUUCGGGAAUGGCGGUGGUGGUGGCGGCGGCGGCGGCGGCGGCUGGGACAGGCGACCGGGUGGUAUGCAGCAAGGUGGUGGUCAGAUGGACAAACAAGAAGCCUCGUUUACAAUCCCAGCUGCAAAGUGUGGCAUAGUUAUAGGAAGAGGAGGUGAGACAAUCAAACAAAUUAAUCAGCAGACUGGUGCACACUGUGAGUUGGAUCGGAGACCACCUCCAAAUCCUGCGGAGAAAGUAUUUGUAAUCCGAGGAUCUCCAGACCAGAUAGAACAAGCAAAGAGGAUAAUAAGUGAAAAAAUUGGACUGCCUCCUGGACCUGGUGGAGCGCCACCUACACAGUAUCCUAUUGGAGGUCAAGGUCCUCCUGGAGGGCAAGGUCCACCACAGCAUUUUGCUCCUCAGGGCUGGGGUGCUGGUUACCAACCGUGGCAAAACCAGCAACAUCCUAAUGAUCCAAAUGCUGGUGCUCAAGUCCAGGUAAACCCUGCAACAGGACAGCCGGAUUAUAGCAUUCAAUGGGCAGAGUAUUAUCGUUCACUUGGGAUGCACAGAGAAGCAGAGAUGAUAGAACAGCAAGCUAAGGCUAGCAAGGGACUGCAGCCUCAGCAAGCUGCACAGCCUGCACCCCAACAGGCAGGUCCACAGCCAGGUGCUGCAACACAAAAUGGGCAACCAGAUUACAGCGCUCAGUGGGCAGAAUAUUACCGGUCUAUAGGCAAAGUGAAAGAGGCAGAGGCAAUUGAGGCACAGAUGAAGGCUGGCAAGCCUGGUCAGCCUGGUGGAGGGGCUCCAGGUGGACCCCAACAGCAGCCACAGCAGCAGCAACAGCAGCCUGGUGGAGCACCACAGCAGCCAGGGCAAGGAACACCGCAGCAGCAGCAACCACCAUAUGGACAGCCAUAUGGCUACCAAGCAGCUGCUGCUGCUGGCUACUACGGAGGAGCCCCAGGUGGUCCACAACCCCCUCAGCAGCCAGGACAGCAACAGCCAUAUAAUUACCCAAGCUAUGGUGGAUAUGGGGGGCAGCCCGGUGGACCAGAUAAUCAGUGAAUGGCCAAUCUGUUGAACAGAGAAGAGGAGGAUAGUAGUCAUAAUUUCAUCUUCACUGUGGUUGGUUGACCAAAACACAAAAUGUGAAAUGCCCCCUAUCCAGUUUAGCGCAAAUAUGAACAUCCACAGAUUUUACGUGUAUUGUGUAAUGUUAGAGAAUAUUUGAGGGCUAAGUGAGUUAAAUUUGGACAAUUUGCGGAAAUGGAAUAACUCUUAUUUGUCUCCUUGCAUGUCUCAUAUUUUGUCUCUUAAUUUCUUUGUUGAAGUGAAGAUGAUAGAAACUAUUAGGAGUGCAAGUGUAUUUCAUUAUAAAUGCUGCUACCGUCUGCCAUAUUUGCUUCCCCUAUCCAUAAGUAUGUAAUGACUUUAAUUCAUGUGUUUCACUGUAUGUAAUGAUAGGUUAAGAUAUGAAACUAUGUCCCUAUAUUGUUUAGUUUUGAUUUUUUACAUGGUCUGGUUCUUAAUAAAAAUGUUUAAUUUUUGUUGGUUACUUUAUGCACUGCAGGGGGAAGUGUGGCUAUAUGAUCAAGUGAAACUUGCAGUUUAUAAUUAAUCAAGUUAGUAAUGUUUAGCUGUUAGAAUUGCUGUACUAUUUUUUGUGUCCUCCACAUGCUACUGUUUGUAUGUAUGUGAGUGUUAUUGAGGAAAAGGGUAGUUACUUUUGCGGGAGGUGUCAAGUUGACCCUAGCAGUUCCGUAGUGUGUGAUAAUCAUGCGACUGAGAGGCGCUGGAAGUAGCAUCAUGGCUGGAGUUGUACAAUUGGUGGUCAGUCUGGAACUUGAAAUGGAGAGGGCAUUUAUCUGAGAUGGCAGCAAUAUUCCAUUGAAGGACAAACCCAUGCAGAGAGGAAAAAUGAAAUAACAGUCCAUCUUUUUAAAACAUCAGGUAAUUCUUAGUUGUACAGCCCAAAGCUAAUGAUCCAGUUAUCUUUCCCACUACUCACAAUCAUAACUGGGCCAAUGAUGAAGUUGCAACAAACAGCAAAACAUAUUUUGUUUUUGAUUAUCUUUCUUAUUUUCUUAUAUUAAGAAUUUCUGUGACUUCUGUUUAUGAUUUUUAAAUAUGUAUUGAAUUAUCUGUCAUGUAUACCUUAUGGACAGUUCAGAUGCGGUUAAAUUGUGAGUGGUGGGCACUUACAGAUUUGCACCAGCACUUGAAUCUGUGAGAGCACUAGUGUAAUUCAGGCCUGGAAAAUGAAGUGUUAAGCAUUGGAAGCCACAUCUGUUACAGACAGGAGUAAGUAAGCUUGCAUAAUAAGAAUAUGCAUUUGAAAUUAUAUUUGGCAUAAUAAUUUUGAUUCAUGUCUCUAUAUUUCCCAAUUUUAGGAUUGUGAAAUUGUGGUUAUUUUAUGACUAUCAGAGUAAAGUUUUAUGGAAUAUUGCUCUGAACAUCAUCAGAAAGUUUAAUUACAUUGUUUUCACAGUCAUUAGGUAGUUGGGCUAUAAAACAGGUGUGGCAUGCAAAAGUUAUGUACCAAGAGCACAGAAGCAGUCCAAAAUUUUAAUGCUGUUUGUAGCUCAUUUGGUCACUGAUAAUGUAUUAAUAGUUGGUGCAAAUAGGUAGGAUAGUAUAUAAAGAGUACCUUAUUACUACAUGACUAGACAAACUAAAGGUGUUCAUGAACUUAUCACACAUGCAUUCACAUUAUUAUUAAUUUUAUCUAAACAAUGUGUAACCUUUAUUCUUAAUUUUUUUAGAAUUAAAAAUGUAUGAAUGUCUUGUGCAUGUAAUUUUUUUCAGCCUUUCUAACUAAAAGGCUUAUGUAAAUGUUAGUACCCAAAGCUUUUAAGCAGCCUGUGACACACAUGGAUAAUUAAAAGUAUGUGUUGUAGAAGGGGGUGGAAUGGAUGGGAAAUGAGCUUAUACUUCAUUUCAUUCCUGUCCCAGAGGCUUGUAUGGAGAAAUAACAAAUGCCAGUCUGAUGAUAAGACUAGUGGACAGUUGUACUUUAUCUUGGAGUACAUACAUUUUCCAUAUACAUUCUUUGAAAUGUUGCAUACCUUGACUGGCCUUUAUAUUAAUUUAUUACUGACAGAGUUCUUGUAGCAGGACAGUUCACUUGCAUUUCUUUGUAUUGUUAAAUGUGUAAUGUCACUGAUUUCUCCUUUACUUCAGGGAUCUUUAUUUUGUAGUUAUGUCGUCAUACAGUGCGGCAUUUAAUUCUUUGCUGAGUAUAAUAUAUGUGCAUUGUCCUGUAAGUCUGAUGCCGUUGAACUGUUAUUUUGGCAAAAUAUGAAAAAAUUAAAGUGAGAAAAAUUUGCAGCCUAUGUGGUUCCAGUCUGAAGUGUUGGAAUAUUCACCUUGGAUGAGCUAUUAUGAUGCUACACUCUUUACAUCAUCAAUAAUUAGUUAUGGUUAUGUUGCCUCAUUGAUGUGGCAAUUUGCUAGUCAUUAUUGUUUUCCUGAUUUUGUUUGGUUUUUGUAUCCUGUAAUACCUAUAUUUCCUUCAUUGAUGUUUCUUCUUUUGGUGGCAUGUCAAUGUCACAACAUCACCAUAACAUUUUGUUUACUAUUGUUGUAAAGAGUGUAGCGCCAUAAUUUAUCAUAGAUAAAAAAUUCAAACACUUGAAAUUGUAAACACAUGAUUUACAACAAAUCUGACAUCUUUUCAUUUCUCCAUAUUUUGCCAAAUAAAUAUAUGGAUCCAAGCUUAUGGAACAGCUGUAUGUUGAAUCAAAUUAUCUUCAGUAAUUUUCCCUCAAGAACUUUAGUUAUACUAUUUGGUAUUCGGAUAUAUAUUUUCUUUUCUAACAAGCAGAAAACAAAUGAAUGCUCAUGGUAUUUUUGACAGAUACAAAUGGACUGUGGAGAAACUAUUCACACUGCCUAGAGACACAUUAUGUUUGCUUCUAUUCCAUUAUUCACCAUUUUGACGGUUUUCUAUUUAUUAAAAGUUUUAGUUCCUAAUGAGCUCUGUAUUUUACAUUAUGUAUUUUUGUAGGGUAGGGCGUUUCUGAGAAGGCACAGUUUCAUUUUAUUUUCGUGUAAAGCAGGUUUUGUGUUUGCCUGAUAGGAGGAACUAAUAUUUACUUCACUUACUGAAAACCUUCAGUAUCAGACUUCAUAAACAUAUGAUAAGUAUUUCAGAGAUGUAAUGGACACAAUCUCAUAAUACAUAUUACUUUUAUUUUGUGCAAAGAAUGCAUGACAGUCCACACACUUGGUGCAUGUGUGCGUUCAGGUAUAUUUAUACCUGUGUGAAGGGAAGAGAAAGAAAUACUGUUUUGCUGUGCAGAAUUUCCAUUUUACCCACUUGGGAUUUAAGUAUGUAGUUGUAAAUGAAAUUGUGCAAUUUGCAUGUGUCGUGUCAAGGGGAGAGAUUAUUUUAACCAGAAGUUAUUUUCACUCAUGCCAUUCUGUAACGUUACGGUAGGCAACAGUCUUUAUCAUACACUGCUAUAUGAAUUAUAUUCAGAACUCAAGUCUGUAUUUCCUCAGAGUUUAUUGUGAAUUAUAAUGGUUAAAACAUGAUAAGAUAUUGAUGCAAUGUUCAAAAUUGUUUCUGUAUUCAUAGAAGGAAUGUAAUUCUCUUUGAAUUUCAGUGCAUUGGAACAACAGUAAAAUGAACAGUUUUUAAUAUAGAUUCAUACUUGUACAAAAAAUGUUCUGGGAGGACAGGUAAGGAAAAGUGGCAGUAGAUUUGAGAUUUUUCUACAAAGGAAAGUAAUUUUACUAUGAUGAGUGGGUGUAUCAGCAUCUAUAUUAGGAAAAUAGUACAUUCAAAUUUUAACCUUCUAUGAACUAAUGAUCGCAGAUGAGCAUUUGUUAACCUCUCAUAUUACAGAUCUUGUUUCCCGAUGAAGUAGUCUUGUUUGGAAUUAAAUUAUACUUCAGUUUGGGAUGAAACUUACUCAACAUUGUCUUGCAGAGAGAUUUCCAUGACUGGCUCCAAGAAAUUCCCACUUUUGCUUAUUUACAUUGUGUGUUUGCUAUAGAACCAUGGUACUUUUACAGUGUUUGUUCCUUGUUUCUGAGAGAAAAUCAGUGAAUCAUGUUGAUUGUGGGACAAAUUUAUAUAUACUUGAUUAGUCCAUUUGCUUGCAUUAUGUGAUGGUUGUAUGAAUUGCUUUAUAUUGAAGAAUCAGCAUUCUUUGAUACAUGCAGACAGCUUAAAAAAACUACAUAAUAAUACAAUGUCACUAUGCAGUUUAUUUAUUCAUGUCAUAUUCUAUUUUAUCAUCUGUGCAAGUGUUGUGGGUAAAAUCUAUUGGUUUGUUGCUCAUUACAAAUGUUUUCUGAUGUAAUUCAGAUUUGGUUUAAGCAUAUCAUAUUCAGUACCCAUUCCUGGGGAUAAAGACAACUGAAGUAUGAUACUGACCACUUACUUCCUUACGGUGCUCAGGUUAGCAGUGCAUUGAGUUUCUCCCUGUGCUAUAUGUAUGAUUCAGACAUGGGCUAGAACUUCAUCUUUACUUUGUAAAUCUCCUGUGAACCUAUGAAACCAAGUUAACGUGUUCUGCAAUUCUAAGCAUCGUACUAAAUUGUGCAAAUUAACAAUUUUUUAUAUGAGAAGGUUCAGAAGGGAAGAUCUGGGUGUCUAGGGCAUCCACUUUGAAUUACCUCAAGUGUAUUUUCCAAGAAACAAAAUUUGUGCAGAUGGAACAUGUUUCUUUUAAUAAAUAGCUGCAAACAUAUGUUGCAUAAGAAGAGCCUGGCGUGUUGUGAUGAGUUUCAUACUUGAUCUAGGAUUGCACCAAACACUGAUGAUGUUUGUUGACUUAUCAAAUUGAAUCAUAUUCUUGAAGGUCUUUGCAAUGUCUACUUGAAGAAACCUGUGCAUCAGAGCCUCUGAAUUCCUCAAUAUAAUAUCAGAACAAAAUUGCAGUAAUAUGUUCCUGUUGCAAUUUGAGUAAUAUUUGAUCUUGUCAGAAAAUGAGCCACUAAUGAGCCAGAUCAAUGCUUUGUGGUAAGUACAUUUCUAUUAUAUAAAUCUGUCCCAUCAAGAACUACAGUGACAUUGACUUGUUGUUUAUUUAUCAUCUGCUGCCUCAUCUUGGUUGCAUUCUGUGAGCUGAAAGGCAUUUUGUGGGAGAUGUUCUGGUGAAGCUGUUAUAUUAUAGGCAUUUGAAGGUUGUUUUGUAUUUGGGGUUUAUUGCCUUAUAUGUAGAAUGAAACUCAAAUAAUUCUGUUUGAGGUUAGCUUUGCAGGGUGAAGAUAGUUUUUAGAAACCAAAGUAUUUAUCAAUUUUUUAAAUUUGUCUCCCACAUGGUUGGGUAAGCUUUUGAGUUUCAUUCAGAUUCGCAAGUGAGGGUUUUGGAUUUUGUAUAUGGUUUCAAAACUGGUUUUUUACUUCUGUAGUGCAACGUCUUGGAUACACCAGUGGUUCGGAAGCAGAGAAACACCAUGUUUGUUUUCAGCGUGUAUUUUUAUACUUUAUUGAAUGGAAUGCCAGUCAUGGUUGAAUUUCUCAUGUCUCCAUUAUUAAAGUUGUCUCAGUUGGAUAGUGCAGUGUUAUUAAAAUGCACACUUGAUUUCUAUUUGUUACUGUCUGAGUUCAGAAUCUAUGGUGUUAUAUAUGUAUGUCUAUUUUGUUUUUACUUGCAAAGUCUCCUUUUGGUGAAAUGUGUUCUCAUUAUGUUCACAUAGAAACUAAGAAAUGAUUGAAACAGAACAACAGUCAACUCUUGCUUUCAUGUUUGAUCACCCUUGAAGUGUCUGAAUAGUGUCUUAGGUUUUUAGAAAAUUUCUAUGGUUUUUAGUUUCCUGUUCAUUGCAAUUUGAGGUUGGAUGUAUAUUUUGUGCCGUGUGUAUUAUGAUACUUUGCUUGUUGGUCACAAAUUUAAUUGUAUCCCAUUGUAUCAAAUGUUGAGUUGCUGCUGGUUCAGCAUAAGCAACUUAUUUGGGCCUUUUUAAAUAUGUGACUAGCCAUUGUAAUUGUGGAGAAUUGAGAUUUUAUAUCAUUUUACUUUGAAAAUUUUACCAAAUUUUGAUAAAUACUUGUUUGGUGUUCGACUCAUUAUAUUACUGCCACACUGAAAAAUUAAUGAAAUAUGCUGUCAGUCAAUUUUAAGAUUGUUGCUAUGAACACUACUUAAUGUAAUUGAAGGCUCAAACGGUGAUAUUAUUCUCUUCUGUUGGUGUCUCCAUGUGUUAAGUUUGGGCUGGGCAAAUAGGUUUUGAGAAUCCUGUCCAUGCAGAAGAUGCUGUUCCUGUUUUACUACAUCUACUCUUAACCAAGUAAGUGAUGAAACUAAUUAAUAAAGUGUAGGGUUGGCCUUCAUUUCAUUGAGCUUGCAUAAGGUUUUAUGUAUACAGGUUUGAAGGAGAUGCCAAAACCUCGUUACACUAGUUUCAUACAGUUUUGCAGUGAUUGAAUUUCAUGUUUGGAUUAGACUGUUCAUAUAUUUAAAGUUUUACUUAAUCUACUCUGCAUAUAAGUGUGUGGGAGAAAUAAGUUUGAAUUUGUGUUGCCUUGUGCUCUACGCCAUGGGUUGAAAAGUUGGGGAAACAUUUAUGUCUGUAGUAAGCUGUGUACACCAUGAUAAAUGUGAACAUCACAUUUUGCAAAGCUUUAGCUAGUGAUUGUUGAAGAGGUCUGGAGAUUGUGUUAUGGUAUUUGAAUUAAACUUUGUUGUCCGCAUUGAUUUUGAAUCUUUCGUCUUGUGACAUUUCUUUUGUUUCUGUAUUGUGAUUUACAAAAGUUGCUUUUUUGGGGGCUUUACUUUUGUGUUUGUGUUGCCUGGAUGUUGUUGCAGGGAAGUUAGAAAAAUGUUAGUGGGAAAGGGACGAGAAGAAGAUCCUUUGGAACAGAAAAUCUCAUGCUCUUCGUUGUGUUAUGGACUGAACGGGCCAUUGCUCUUUUUUGUGUCCAUUUUGUUACACCACUUCAUGGUAUGCCUGUUAUAAACAAAAAAAGUUGCAUACAAGUGUUGAUCCUGCCUGGACACGUGUGUUUUAUUUUAUUUGUAAAUAACAUUGGCCUUGAAAUUAUGGAAAUUUGUAGCAUAAACUUGGAUUUUUCUUGCACAAUUUGAUUUGGGGAAUGGCCACACACUUUUGCUUCCAGUGAGCAGUGAUAUAAUUGUUUUCCUUGUAUCAACAAGAAUUGAAUAAAGAAUUUAGUCAUGUGGGCUACUGGAAUUUUCAGUGUUCUGUUUAAUAAAGUAAGGUGUUAUUGACUGCAGCUCAACUACCAUGUUCAAAAGGAUGGGCUUCAUAUAUCAGGAGUAGUAUCUGUGCAGUGCUAUUGCUUACCAGCCUUAUAGUUUUAUAUUGUAAUGAUUAGAAUAACAGCAUAAUUUAUACUCUUGUACUGGUCUAAGCUUCAGUGUAAAGAGUUUAUGAAAUAUAUUGAGCAACAUUUUUUCCUUUG